UUCAGAGAGGGUCAGAACAAGACAGAAACCAUAAAGAUCGCUUUAGAAAAGGAGCUUGUAUUCUGUAGAUUUUAAUCUAAGCAGAGCCAAGGGUGGAGAACAAUCUGUGGAAUAUCAGCUUCAGCUUUUGGGAUCAAAAACUUCAUCUGGUGGAGAUCUUUUUAUAAGCAGCAAAGGACGUCUUCAUUCUACCAGCCCACCCAAGGUCCAUUUCUGUGAAUGCCUCUUUAUUAUUACAUAGAUCACUUUUUUGGUUAUGUAAGGUCCUGGAUCCUUCCUCUGAACUCAGCCACUUUUCAUUCAUUCAGAUCUGAAACUGUGAACUCUGAGGGAGUUCUCUCAGCUUUACAGUCUUCAGAGCCUUGUUUGAAUCUGCUUUAGCCAUGUUACGCUGCGUCCUUCAGAGGGCUAACAACUUGAGACGUUCAGACCCUCUGGCCAGUGUCACGUUUAGAGGGUCAAAGAAGAAGACUAAGGUCAUUAAAAACAAUCCCAACCCAGUCUGGAAUGAGGGUUUUGAAUGGGAUCUGAAGGGGAUUCCUCUGGACUCUGGAGCAGAGAUUCACUGUGUAGUCAAAGACCAUGAGAAAAUGGGAAGAAACAGGUUUCUGGGUGAAUGUCGGCUGGGUCUCCGAGAUGUUCUCAAUUCGCCCAACUUUGCCGCCACCUUCACUGUCUCGCUACUGGACACAAAGAGAAACAAUACAGGGGCCACGCUGACCCUGCAGGUCUCCUACAUCCCUCCUGCAGGAUCAGCUCCAAUUUUCCAUCCUCCCCCACAGCCCGAGUCUCUUCCUCACAGCAAUCCCAACAUAGAGCUGGACACAGUUACAAUGAUUUCCCUGGAUACUCUGGGUGAGGAGGACACAGAGAGUAUGAUCAUGGUGGAGCCUGCAGAGGACCCAGGAAUUGACGACAGCCGCUCUAUGGUGAUUGUUGGCCCCCAGGGGCCUCCAGGGCAGGAGUCUCCCACUGCCCACACACCCAAACGCUCCCCACCAGCCUAUAACACCCAUGGAGGACUGAGGAAGAGGAAGAGAGGAGCCAGCAGUCAGCCCAAACAGCUGCCUAACAAACCUCAGGACAUACAGAUUCGUGUUCGGGUCAUUGAAGCACGACAGUUACCAGGAGUCAACAUCAAACCUGUUGUGAAGGUCGCUGUAGGCGGACAGUCUAAGAGGACCCGCAUCAGAAAGGGAAACAACCCGGUCUUUGAUGAAACAUUUUUCCUAAACUUUUAUGAGACCCCCUCAGACUUGUUUGAUGAACCCAUCUUCAUCACUGUGUGUGACUCUCGCUCACUUAGAACUGAUGCUGUGGUUGGUGAAUUUAAGCUGGAUGUUGGCACUGUGUACAACGAGCACAGACAUUGCUUCUUAAGAAAAUGGUUGCUGCUGUGUGACCCUGACGAUCUAUCGGCCGGGGUCAGAGGUUACCUGAAAGUCAGCGUCUUUGUCCUGGCAUCUGGAGACGAACCACCGGCUGAUAAACGAGAGUGUGUUGAGGAAAAAGAAGACAUAGAAGGAAACCUGCUCAGACCAGCAGGCCUUUCUCUGAGAGGAGCCAUCUUUACACUGAGGAUUUUCAGAGCUGAAGAUUUGCCACAAAUGGACGAUGCCUUCAUGGAUGGAAUGAGGCAGAUUCUUGGGUUUGAUUCCAACAGAAAGAACUUGGUUGAUCCAAUGGUGGAGAUUAACUUUGCUGGAAAAACGGUCUGCACAAAGAUUCUAGAGAAAAACGCAAACCCUCAGUGGAACCAAAGCCUAGCAAUGCCCAUUAGAUUCCCUUCCAUGUGUGAGAAGAUGAGGAUCCGAAUUGUAGACUGGGACAGAGCCAGUCAUAAUGACGUCAUCGGCACCACCCACCUAUGUAUGUCCAAGAUAUCGGCCCCAGGAGGAGAAAUUGAUGAUGACUUGACCCCUCGGACCGCCCACCCAGGCAUUGAUGACAGCCUUGGUUUCCUGCCGACAUUUGGCCCUUGUUUUGUCAAUUUCUACGGGAGUCCCAGAGAGUUCACCGCAUUUAAUGAUCCCCAUGAAGCUCUAAACCUUGGAAAAGGGGAAGGAGUAGCAUACAGAGGCAGAGUUUUACUUGAACUGACCACAAAACAGACUGAAAAACCUGAGCACAGGAGUGAAGACAUAGCAUCAGAUGACCUGCUGGUAGUGGAGAAGUUUCUCAGAAAGAGAAAGUUCUCUCUCUUUGUGGCGUUUUACUCAGCCACGCUGCUUCAGGAUGUGGAUGAUGCCAUCCAGUUUGAGGUCAGCAUUGGUAACUAUGGCAACAAGUUUGACUACAGCUGCCUCCCUCUGGCCUCAACCACACAGUUCAGCAGGGCUGUGUUUGACGGUUGCCACUACUACUACCUCCCGUGGGGAAAUAUUAAGCCGGUGGUGGUUCUUUCUUCAGAAUGGGAAGACAUUCGACCAAGGAUUGAAGCUCUCAACAUGUUGCUUGCGAUCAUAGACAGAUUGGAAACAAACCUGCAACAAGUGCAGUUUGAAGUGAAGGCAGGAAGUGACAUGGAGGAUGUAGAGCUGCGUGUUGUAGAGCUUUUAGAUCAGCUCAUUGCAGACUGCAGUAAGGAGCUGCCCUCUAUCGACCAGUGGCAGUGUGCUACUCCUCUUGACCGCUCACUGAGACACAUUCGAAGCCUCCACUUGCAGCAGAUCCAAGCCGCAGCUCUGGCACUGAAACACGGACCAGAAACUGAACUGUCCUCAGUGCUGGAGCAGGCGGAGGACUGGGCCAACAGGCUGAGGACCAUAGCUGAGGAGCCUCAGAAUAGUCUCCCAGACAUUAUCAUCUGGAUGCUGCAGGGCGACCGCAGGGUGGCUUACCACCGCAUCCAGGCUCACACUGUCCUCUUCUCCCAGCAAUACUGUGGGAAACACUGCGGACAGCUGCAGAGCAUCUUUCUGAAGAACCCGCAGGGCAGCGGGAGCGAAACCAAACUUCCUGGUCAGCUGAGGGUGAAGGUUUGGUUCGGACUGGCUGCUGAUGCCAAACACUUCAACCAGUAUGCUGAAGGAAAACUGUCUGUCUUUGCAGAGACGUACGAGAACCAGACUCGGCUGGCUCUGGUAGGAAGCUGGGGAACAACGGGUUUGACCUACCCGAAGUUCAGCGACGUCACUGGGAGGGUGAAGUUGCCCAAAGAGAGCUUUAAGCCCUCGCCUGGAUGGACCUGGGCUGGAGACUGGUUCAUCAGCCCUGAGAGGACACUGCUGUUUGAUGUGGAUGCAGGUCACAUGACCUUCACAGAGGAGGUGUUUGAGAACCAGAUGAGGUUACCGGGUGGGCAGUGGAUCGGCAUGCCGGAGGGCUAUACUGACGUGAACGGGGAGAAAACUGUGCCAAAGGACGAGGUGGAGUGUCCUCCUGGGUGGGUUUGGGAGGAGGUGGAGUGGAGCGAAGAUCUCAACAGAGCUGUUGAUGAUCAAGGCUGGGAGUACGGCAUCACCAUUCCUCCAGACCGCCGUCCUAAGUCAUGGGUUCCUGCAGAGAAGAUGUACCACACCAACAGAAGGAGACGAUGGAUACGGAUGAGACGGCGAGACCAGCAGAAGAUGGAGGCCCUCAGGAAGCAGCGUCCAGAUGAUACAGACAGAGAAGGCUGGGAAUAUGCAUCUCUGUUCGGCUGGAACUUCCACCUGAAACCCAGGAAGACAGACAGCUUCAGGAGGCGCAGGUGGAGGUGCCGCAUGGAGCCGUUGGAGAAGACUGGGCCGGCUGCCAUCUUUGCUCUGGAAUGUUCCCUGAGCAGCAUAGAGGACAAGCACGAUGACAAGUCGGUCACCACCACCUUUGGAGUCAACAGACCAACAAUUUCCUGUUUCUUUGACCGCGGCACCCGCUACCACUUGCGCUGCUACAUGUAUCAAGCCAGAGACCUGCUGGCCAUGGACAAAGACAGCUUUUCAGAUCCCUACGCCAUUGUGUCAUUCCUCCAUCAGUCUCAGCGGACAGUGACCGUCCGUAACACCCUCAAUCCCACGUGGGAUCAGACGCUUAUCUUCUACGAGGUGGAGAUUUUUGGAGACCCAGAGGCAACCAUCGCGAAUCCUCCUGAAAUUGUGGUGGAGCUUUAUGAUGAGGACUCAUAUGGAGCAGAUGAGUUCAUGGGCCGCUGUGUGUGCCAGCCCUCCCUGACUCCCUCGCCACGACUCGCCUGGUUCCCGAUUCGCAGAGGGAGCCCCACUGCCGGCGAGCUACUGGCUGCCUUCGAGCUCAUACGUAGAGAAAAGCCUGCAGUUCACCACCUUCCAGGUCUAGAGGGCGAUGUCGUCAGUUCAACCCAUGUGCUGGACGAGUUGAUGUUUCCAGGAUUCCUCUCUGAAAACCUGCAGCAAUGGCCGGAGGAGACGGACCUUCCCUAUCCACCUCCUCAGAGGGAGCCCAAUGUCUUCAUGAUUCCCCAGGGCAUCAAACCUGUUCUGCAAAGAACUGCUAUUGAGAUCUUAGCGUGGGGCGUUCGAAACCUCAAGAGUUUCCAGCUGUCCAGUGUUACGUCUCCAAGCCUGCAGGUGGAGUGUGGAGGCACCAUGGUGCAGAGCUGCGUCAUCCGCAGUGUGAAGAAGAAGCCAAACUUUGACAUCAAUACGCUCAUCCUUGAUGUGAGACUUCCCCGUGAGGAGCUUUACAUGCCGCCUAUUGUAAUCAAAGUCAUUGACAACCGUCAGUUUGGGAGGAAGCCGGUGGUCGGUCAAUGCACCAUUCGGUCACUUGAGGAGUACCGAGGCACACAAGAGGAAGAGCAAACAGAGCAGGAGGAAGAAGAGGGCGGAUGGAGACGUGAAACACCUAUGGUAACAACUGGAGAAGUCUUCAUAGACAUUGAUGAUCGAGAGCCACUUGUUCCUGACCAGGCCGAGGAGUUCAUGGACUGGUGGAGUAAAUUCUAUGCUUCCAUUGGAGAUAAAAACAAGUGUGGGACUUACCUGGAGAACGGCCUGGAUACUCUGAAGGUUUAUGACCGGGAGUUGGAGAAGGUGGAGGAUUUUGAGGGUCUCUCUGACUUCUGCAAAACAUUUAAACUAUAUAGGGGAAAGACUCAGGAUGAAGGAGAAGACCCUUCGGUUGUGGGAGAGUUCAAGGGUAUGUUUAAGAUCUACCCACUGCCAGAUGACCCGUCAGCUCCAGCUCCCCCCAGACAUUUUAAAAAACUUCCCCCAAAUGGCAUCGAAGACUGUUUGGUGCGGGUCUACAUCAUUGAGGCUCAAGGACUGCAGCCCAAAGAUGCCAACGGGAAGUGUGACCCUUAUGUAAAGAUCACUUUGGGGAAAAAGACCAUCAAUGACCAUGAAAACUACAUCCCCUGUACUUUGGACCCCGUGUUUGGAAAGAUGUUUGAGCUCACCUGCUCCCUCCCUGUGGACAAGGACCUGCGGGUGAUGUUGUAUGACCAUGAUAUGGUCACAAAAGACGAAAAGAUUGGAGAGACAGUGAUUGACUUGGAGAAUCGCUUCCUGUCCAAAUAUGGAGCCACAUGCGGUCUGCCAAAGUCCUACUGCAUAUCAGGACUUAACCAGUGGAGGGAUCAGCUUACACCCAGGCAGCUGCUCUGCAGACUAUGUGAACGACGAAACCUAAAGAAACCCAUCUAUGAAGAUGACGCAAUCCAGUUCAGAGGAAAGAGAUACACAGCUGCAGACCUUGAUGACAAAGAAAUAUCCAAACGAUGCCUCGGUCCACUUAAGGAGCGAUUGUCCCUUCAUAUAUUGAGGAAAAUGGGGCUGGUACCUGAACAUGUGGAAACCAGACCACUUUACAGUCCUCUACAGCCUGACAUAGAGCAGGGCCGACUGUUGAUGUGGGUGGACCUCUUUCCUAAGUCUUUGGGACCGCCUGGACCCCCAUUCAAUGUCACGCCUCGCAAGGCCAAGAAGUUCUUCCUGCGCUGCAUCAUCUGGAACACCAGUGAUGUCCUCCUGGAUGAUAUAAGUGUCACCGGAGAAAAGAUGAGUGACAUCUAUGUCAAAGGCUGGCUUGAUGGACAUGAACACAACAAGCAGAAGACAGACGUCCACUACCGCUCUCUAGGCGGCGAGGGCAACUUUAACUACAGAUUCCUGUUUCCCUUCCACUACUUGCCAGCAGAGCAGCUAUGCGUUGUGGACAGGAAGGAACACUUCUGGAGCAUUGAUAAAGCUGAAACCAAAGUGGCGCCUAAAAUUACCAUCCAGAUCUGGGACAAUGACAAGUUCUCCUUUGAUGACUACCUCGGCCACAUAGUGAUGGACCUGAACCACAUGUUGCGUCCUGCCAAGUCUCCAGAGAAAUGCACCCUGCAGACGCUGGACCAGCCCAUGGAAAAACUGGUCUCUCUAUUUGAACAGAAGACCGUUAAAGGAUGGUGGCCCUGCACCUGUGAGAAAAACGGGGAGAAGAUAAUUGCUGGGAAAGUGGAGAUGUCCCUGGAGAUAGUGACAGAGCAGGAACAUGAGGAGAGACCAGCUGGGCUUGGCAGAGAUGAGCCCAACAUGAACCCCCAUCUAGAGGAGCCUCAGCGUCCAGAGACGUCCUUCCUCUGGUUCUCCUCGCCCUAUAAGACCCUCAAAUUUAUUGUGUGGAGGCGAUUCAAGUGGUUCAUCAUCCUUUUCAUUAUCCUCUUCCUCAUCUUCCUCUUCCUGGGUGUCUUCUUGUACUCCUUCCCGAACUACGCUGCCAUGAAGAUGGUUGGACCAUUUGGACCUGCCAAGGCUAAAGAUCAGUGAUGUGGAAGAAACUUGAGGAAAGAAAAGACGUCAAAAGGACAUAAAAAUCAGGAAAUUUAUUCAAAAGUGAUAUUCAUGCUUUUGUCUUCUGAGGCCUUCUCAUCUUGCUGUAGCUGUGAUUGAAGAACCUGAAGUCAGUCAAGUUUUACUUUAAAACCCUGAUUCUGAGCAUCAACAUACAGUAAUCAAAAGAGCAAAGAAACAUACAGACACUAUUUUUUUAUCCCUUUAUGCUGCCAAGGUUAGAUUUGAUUAAAAAACUCCAUAUUUGUUUAACAUUUUACUCGAAAAUUGUUUUGCAGAGUGUAGAAAUGUAAUUGAUUGUUUGAUUGGAUCUAUUUUGCUCUGAGUCUAUGUGAUCACAUGAUGCUAUUAGGUGCUGUCUAACCUGCCUAAGUGUCCACUUAGCUGCUGUCUCUUUAGUCUUUCCUAAAGUUGCACUUUUAUUCUCCUCACUCCAUCCUUAAUUUGCAUUUUUAUUGAAUAUUUGAUAAUUAUAUGAUCAAAUUCUACUUUAAUAGUUCAUUUUAAUAAUGCAGCGCAUUGAAACACAAUUAGUCUAAAUCAAACAGAGGAACCCGAUGAAACAUUUUAGAUUGAUUGGAAUUAAAUUUUCAUUUCAAUAAUAAGAUUUUCUUUUUUCUGUUUUCAAGAUGUAACCAGUCUGAUCUGCUCUGUAGCAAAUCCCUAAUGGUGUUAGCAUUUGCUUAGAUAUUGCGCUAUCCAGUGGCCACGCUCUGUUAGAGCUGAUCUCUAUCUGAAAGUUAAAAUUAUGCCUGAAAAUGUUCGUUUAUCUUUAUAAUGAUUAAAGUUUUAAAAAGAUUUGUCACAUGGAAUUAAGUUUAGAUAUUCUGUCCAAGCUUUUUAUGCAGCCUGUUCUUUUUAGCACUCAAGCUGACCUUUAAGGACAGGCUUUAAGAAAAUAAAAGGACACAGUUGUUGUGUUUAAACCUUUUUAGCUUGAUUUUCACAGUAAUGAAAACUUAAGAACAACAGGGAACUUGAGGUAGGCUGAAUGGGAACUUUAUCAAAACUUAACUUGAGGCCCCUCUUCCUAUUUGGAAAUGUUAAACCACUGACAGUAUCUCUGAACCGGGCCACAUUUCAUUUUCUUAAAGCAAUUGGAAAUGAUCAGUUAUUACAGUAGUUAUUAAUCAGUAACUACUCAAACAAUAAAGAAAAUGUUUAGCUUUCGGAAUCAGACUUUAACUAUGGUAAAACAACAUUCAAGUAACAUGUAAACAUCUUUCUUCUCAUUCCCAUUCUGUUCCCUGUUGCUUCACUGCCGCCUCUCUUCCUCUUCGAGCCUCACAGCUCUAACGGUUCAGCAGGUUAAGUUGAGGAUUUGUUACUGUUGAUCUCAGAGCUUGGGUUUUGUUAGUUCAGAGCAGCUCUAGGAUGGAUGAACUGACCUGAUAAGAACUCAUAACGCUGUCUGUUUGCCAGGUUUUUAAAUUCUACAGCAGCCGCUGAUCCUUUCAUAACCAGAACACGAGAAACAAAAGGAAAAUAAUCUGAAAUUUUAUUUAUUUAUUUUUUUAGUUAGAGAGCAUAUAAUUAAUUGCAGCAUAUACCGUUAAAAUUAUUAUAAAGGGGGAAAAAAGCUAAAGUAACAAAACCCAUCUAAGCCUUUUUUUAAACAGUUUAUCAUACAAUGUCUUGUUUUUAGUUUUGUUAUAAAAUGGAUACUGACUAUCAUUUAGACAUCUUGAAGGAACAGAUGAUAAAUAAGAGGUUUAACAGCCUUAACAUAUGGUCCCUCACUAUAAAAAUAAGGUAAAAUCUAUUUUGUUGCAUCAAACUUACUUCCAGAGUAAAUCUAAAGCUUUUGAAUAUUUUGUUAAUAAAGGUUUAGAAUAAGUUUAAUAAGCUUUUGGACCCCCCAAAAAAUACCAUAUGGUAAACCAAUUUUCAAUAUUCAAAGAAUAUGGGGAAGAUUAAAGGACCUUUCCAACAGAAUUUGUCAAAUGGAGGUCACAAAACAACCCAGUACUAGCAAGCUCAGCAGGCCUCGCUUGGCUAAUUUAAUGUCAAAGUUUUUGAUUUCAUAAUAAGAAAGAGUCUUCACAGAAAUGGCCUCCUUAACACGGCAUUAUAAAAAAAAAAAUAAUAAAUCAACAAUGAAGCAUUGUGGUGUAGGAAUAAUGGAUGUAAAAUGACCAGAAGAGUCUGAAGAUGAAUGUCUUUCCAUCAGCUAGUAACUAAGGUUCUCCAGCAGUAAAAUUAUCCCAAAAAAACAAGUCCACCUUUCAACGAUUCAGGCUUUGGUGUGCCCAAGUCAAAGUUCAUAUUUACAUUUGGCUGAAUUAAUUUGGCAUGACAUUAAAAAGACUUAGUAUUAAAACGAUUCUGAAAGAGACGCAGACAGAAGUACCUCCACAUUGAUGUAGAAACCUCUUUACAAAUUAUAGGAAUUGUUUGAUGUCAGUUGGUGCCCCUAAAGGAGCUGCAACUAACUACUGUGUUCAGGGUGGGGUUACUUUUUGAUAUCAUGCACAGCUUGCUUUGGAAAGCCUUUUUUUCCCUUAUAAAUGAAUUCAUCUUUAAAAAAUAUAUAUUUUUCUCAACAUGAACUGAAAGCAUUGAUGUGUCAGAAAAUGUGUUGAUCAUAAAAUCCUGCAAAAAAAAAAAAAAAAAACCCUUCAAAAAUAUUUUAAUGGUCCAGAUAAUAUACAGGAUACUUUCAUUUAGUAUUGUGUGUCUUACAGGUGUUGCAUACAGAGCCAUGGACUUCCUGCUUUAGAAAAUUCUGCGUAUGACCUCAGGCAAAAGUAUCCAGAUGCCCUUAAGCUUAAACUCAGAGCUCUUUUUUCAGAUUGUAUUGCUUUAAGUGAAUGCAGCGUGCCUUCUCCUUCUGCAGUGACACUAACCAAUGCCUCAGCAAGAAAAAAGUGCCCAUAAGACUGUAUUUUUAUUGUAAGUUAGAUGUGUUUACCUGAGUGAACUGAUCACUGUGCUUUUGCAUGAGCAACACUGAGACAAAUCUAUUUGCUGUUGUUACUAUAAAAUAUAAAGUGAUUUAUGGAAAACAGGCUGAAUGUAUUCUGUAUUUUAACUGAUACCUGCAGAGAGUUGCACCGUUAGUAUCAUCAAUAAAACUGCACUUCUGAUCAAUCA